GGCACUUGCCAACGGUCGCGGGCAGCGCGAGGACGGACAGCCUCUGGGACCGGUGGGGAGGGCUCGGUGAGAAAAGACCGGUACGUACCCUGCUGCCGAAUACUCACCGGCUGAGGGCAGGUUGUAUUUACUGCGGGAGAGGGAAGAGACUUGCCGGAGAACAAUGCACGCGAGCGCCAGCGCCCUACGGACCCUCAUCAAGGGGGGCCGGGUGGUCAACGACGACUGCACCCAGGAGGCCGACGUCUACAUCGAGAACGGCGUCGUGCAGCUGGUCGGCCGGGAGCUCAUGAUCCCCGGCGGGGCCAAAGUCAUCGACGCGACCGGCAAGCUGGUCAUGCCGGGCGGCAUCGACACCAGCACCCAUUUCCAGGAGACCUUCAUGAACGCCACCUCGGUGGAUGACUACUACCAUGGCACCAAGGCAGCUCUGGUUGGAGGAACAACAACGAUAAUUGGCUAUGCAUUGCCAGAUAAAGAGAAUUCCCUUCUGGAAGCUUUUAAAAAGUGCAGAGACCUAGCAGAUCCUAAGGUCUGUUGUGACUACUGCCUUCAUGUUGGUGUAACUUGGUGGGGGCCACAGGUGCAACUGGAAAUGGAGGAGCUAGUGAAGGAACAUGGAGUGAAUUCAUUCCAGGCUUACAUGACCUAUAAGGAUCAAUACAUGCUGCGGGAUAAUGAACUCUACCAAGUUUUUCGUACAUGUAAAAGUCUUGGUGCCAUACCUUGUGUGCAUGCUGAAAAUGGAGAGCUAGUUGCAGAGGGUGCAAAAGAAGCCCUUGAAUUGGGAAUCACUGGGCCUGAGGGAUUAGACAUCAGCAGACCUGAGGAGCUUGAAGCAGAAGCAACACAUCGUGCCAUCACCAUUGCCAAUAGAACCCAUUGUCCAUUAUAUUUGGUUAAUGUCUCGAGCAAAUCUGCAGGUGAUGUUAUUGCUUCUGCAAAAAUGCAAGGCAAAAUUAUAUAUGGGGAAACGACACUAGCACACACAACUCUAAAUGGAUCAAGCUAUUACCAUCCAGACUGGUCUCAUGCUGCUGCUCAUGUUACUGCACCUCCUCUCCGACUGGACGCUAGCACUCCCAACUACCUCAUGAGCCUGCUAGCCAAUGAUACCAUUAAUGUUGUUGCUUCGGAUCAUCGUCCAUUUACUAUCAAGCAAAAAGCUAUAGGGAAAGAGGAUUUUACCAAAAUUCCUCAUGGUGUUACUGGAGUGCAGGACAGAAUGACUGUUAUCUGGGAGAAAGGAGUGGUCGGUGGAAAAAUGGAUGAAAACUGUUUCGUUGCUGUGACUAGUUCAAAUGCUGCCAAAAUUUUCAAUCUGUACCCCAAGAAAGGAAGAAUUGUUCCAGGAGCUGAUGCUGAUAUUGUUGUGUGGGAUCCAGAAGCUACAAGAACGAUAUCUGUGAGCACGCAAGUGCAGGGUGGUGAUGUGAACCUUCAUGAGAACGUACGAUGUCAUGGUGUUCCACUGGUCACAAUCAGCCGUGGGCGUGUUGUCUACGAAGAUGGAAUUUUUACUUGUGCUGAGGGAACAGGAAAAUUCUGUCCACUUCGACCAUUUUCGGAGUUUGUGUACAAGAAGCUGAUCCAGAGAGAAAAGAAUCUGACUGCAAAGCCUGUGGAUCGUGCCCCAUAUGUAGGUGAUGUGGCAAUGGUGCUAAAUGUAGGGAAAGAAACCCCGGCUCAUCCAGACGUUCAAUUCCGUUCUGUGACACGUCACAGUGGUGUGAGGGAUUUGCACGAGUCCAGCUUCAGUUUAUCUGGAUCUCAAGUUGAUGACCACCUUCCAAAACGACCUGUAUCCAGAGUUUUGGCGCCACCUGGUGGGCAUUCUAAUGGCAUUUGGUAAAAUGUGUGUCCUGGUACUGUCAACUCUUCCGAUCAAAUGGAAUCAGAAUACGAGCAAUUUAGACCCACACACACAGGAAUUUACUACGUCAGCCUCAGUAACACCAUAACUAUAUCAUGUGAAUGAACACAGCUUUUAGUUAUUUUAAGAUUUUUGUAAGAUGUAUGAGAAUGUUUCAUCACUACCGUAAAAAGUUGGUCAUAGAUGGAAGAAGACUGUUAAGAAAAUUGUAGAUCCAUUACUAUAGAUCUUGUGUUAGGCUCAGCUGCUACAAGUGCAGAAUCUUUAUAAUUCUGCCACAAUAAAUUGUACACAAGUGAGUGAAAUGUAUUGUAGUCUAUGCAUGAUGCAAUCUGACUUCAUACACCCCAAAAAUAAGAAAAAUUAGCAUUUAAAACUAACAAUAACUGAUGCAUUCUAUUACUUUUGCUUUGUAUGAAUGUGGGAACUUUCACUGUGCAGAAUCUUGAAAACAGCCUUGGACAAGUUGUGAAAAAUUGGAGCAAAUCCAACUAAAUUAUUUCAGGUUGCAAGUUGCUUACUACAUAAAUACAUGCCAUCCAUGAGCUAGGGAUUAUCACCACUUUGUUAAUUUUGGAUAAAUAACCAUCUCCGGUAUGAAGACUUGCUGAAAUAUAUUGUGUAUGGUCUUUUGAGCAAUUUAGAAUGUGAUCAUGUAGGAGUUUUCUUAUUUCCAUUACUGUUCCCUUGAAGAAUUUUCCAUUUUAGUGUGUAAAGUUAAAAGAGCCAUUUUUCUUGCUCUUCUUUGGAAAACUGUUGUACAUCAAAUAACCAGUAAUCCCAGUCCAAUUUCUGUGUCAAUAAUAAAUCCAAUCAAGAGAAUCAUCUUUAUCGGAGCCAUGAGGAUAUGGAAUUUGUUACCACAUGGAAUGGUUGACCUGAAUAGCUUGUGCUUGAAUAUGAAAGUAAUGGAAAAAUCUGUUCACAGUUUGACAUGAAGUAGGCUAGAAAGAGUCUCGCAAAAAGCAUAACUGCAAGUGUGGAAAAUAUCUAUAACCAAAGUCCCUAAAUACAUAAGUGUUUGUUGUGAUGCUUUGCAUAGAUACAAGUUCCUGAGAAGUAGUUGCAUUGAGAAUUAGUCAUUGAUCUUCAUGAGAUCCACUUAGUGUGCAUGUGCUAAUGCAAUUGGAAACAUUAUGCAUAAACAGUGUUAAUGUUAUUAUUUCAAAAGUCCUGCAAUAUACAAAAUUGUUUAAGCCCUUUAAGGUGUAGGUAUGUCGAUUUAGAAAUGAUGGUUUGCUGUCUAAAGACUUCUUUUAAUUUGACAAUUGGAGAUGUCAAGCAAUGUGAAUUAUGUUAAAUGUGAAUUAUUUUCACCUAAAAUUUCAAUUUCUAAAUAAAGUGGCACCCCAUUUUGUAACUAGACGAAUCCCAAAGAAGCAAUUGUGGUAUUAUGAGCAAACAGUGUAGAUAAAUUUAAUGUAUUUGUAAGUAAAGUUGAUCCAAACUCUUAAAGGCGUAGCUUUUCUGAAGUGCACAGAUUAAUGAGUCUAAUGACCUGUACUUUAAAAUAACUGACUAUAAAUUGUUCAAUUAAAUCAGUUAAAGACACUAAUAAAGUAAAAAGAUAUAUACAUUAGAUAGUCAUUUUAAACAGUGUUCUGAGUUUGAAUUCACCUAAAAUAUGAGUAUUUGAAAAACUGACAGAAAUAUUUCAGAAUUUCAGGCAAUUCUUUGCAUUUAGCAUUGCUAAAGUUACACACAGAUGUUUUUCAUAUUUAGUUUUAAAUUUAAUUUCCAGUCUCACCUGACAUUCACAUUAACUGGAUGGUGACUAGAGAUGGCAUAAGGAUCAAUGGACUAGUUUUCAGUUUCUCUAAUUGCUAGCUAUCACUAUUAUGAAGGAAUUGCAUAGCUUUACAAGAGUAGCAUAGUUUUACGUUUGACACCUGGCAUUCCUAAAGCAUGCAAUGCUUUGAAAUCAAAAUUGUUAACUUUUUUAUUUGUUAAAUAUAAAAGUUGUUGUUAAUAGUCAAUCAGAUCAAUCCUGCCAACUUUUUCCUUGUGUCUUAAAAAUACUGGAUUAGAAUCCUAUUCUGUAUAGGAUGUAAUGUAACCAGACCUUUGAAAAAAUUUCAAUUAAAAUACCUUGAAUUUCAAGUAAAAAAAUUUAAUUCAAACUGUAACUUUAAAACUAAAACUAAUUUCUCAAUUGUUAGAAAAACUUGUUUUGAAAACUUAGAGCAACUGGAAAACUUUUCGAAAUUCACAUUUUGAAAAGAAAAGUCCCAUGUGGUGUCAUUUUCCCUUUUGCUCCGCCUGAGUAAGGAUUGUGACAAGUUGAUGUUCAAAAUAUUUCAAACACUUUAAGGUUUUUGUUUGGAAAGUUGGUCUUAAAUUUUGUUAACAUUUAGGAUAAUUGUCCCUAAAGUUCACAAUUACGACUGAAGAAGACAAGAUGCUUUAACUUAACCUUUAUUCAAGUUUUUUGGGGAUUUUGUUUUUCCUGAAAUUUUGUUACUUAGUUUUUCCUAUAAUGUAUUUUUUCCAAAGUCAGUGAAGAACCCUGUAAAGCUUCUGAUCUGUUCCUUACACUGGCUUCUCAGAAACAUGACAUAUAUUACAGUUGUGAACAUAGUCCUUUCUGCAUUAGAUUCAAUGUCUAAGAUCAAGUUUGGGAGUUAAUGUUGUCUAAAUCCAUUGUGAUAUUAUUCUGUUGGCACUUGUAGUGUGGCCUGUAAUUGUAUAUACGUUGUCUGUGAUGGGCAACUGUAAUUAUCAUAACAUAAUGACAAAUUUCAAUGUUGGCGAGAUGUUAUUGGACAUCUAUAAAUCAUAAUUUGAUCUUAAAGUGAGGCUGCAUGAACUUCUAAAUAUUUUAAUUGUGGCAUUGAAAUGCAGCAGUUAUUGUGUUGAUGGUCAUAGUUUUAAUGCAUUGUUGGUCUUGGUGUUUUAAAAAAAUAGCCUUCAAGUCUAUAUGUGCCCACUUGAUGGAAGGGAAUGUAUUUUUACACAAGCCUCACUGCUGUCUGCUGCUGACUGGCAAAUGAUUUAUAUAAUAGGGGAAGAAAAACAGAGAAACAGUCAUUGUUUGUUUUAAUUCAAAUUUAAAUUAGGACAGUGUUACUUUUGAAUGUGCAAAUGGAAAAAUUACAAAUGCUAAAAGUGCAUAAUUUUAUUUUAUUCUUGAUAAUACUGUGAAUUGUUCUUAGAAAUGUACAGGAUCGGAAAAGAUUGUUAAAGUCCGCUUGCUCAGUUUCAGUGUUCUGGAACUAUUAUUUUUUCACAAUGCUCAUCAUAUCCCAAUAUUACACUUGUGCAGUACUUAUCUAACUGGAGAAUUUCUCAGAACAUUGUUGUGAGUGUGCCGGUGUUGGACUGGGGUGGACAAGGUCAGAAAUCACACAGAACCAGGUUACAGUCCAACAGUGUUAUUUGAAAACACAAGCUUUCAGAGCCUGACUCCUCCUCCAGGUGUUAGUGAGAGAGAUAAAUACUAUCAGUAAAAGGUCAAAGGUUCGCACCACUGAUAAGGAUGUAUUAAACGAACCUAAAAUACUGUUAAAUCUUUAAUCGGUUAGAAGGUUUUAAUUGAUUAUUGUGUAAAUGUAUAUCACCGAAUUCCUUUCAUGUCACUGAACUGAGAGUUUAACCUUGGAAACUUUGAGCAAUGAUUCAUUGAUUGAAACCAGUGACAAACUUCAGUCGAUUUUUUUUCUAUGAAACAAAAAUAUGUUUUCAUAUUUGAUUCUGGUUUUCUUUGGUACAUACUUAACUUAUGCAUUUUAUUAGAUAAGCAUUCUUGCCAUGCAUCUCUUUAACAAUGGUAGACACCAGUGUUUGAGUUUAUCUGGACUGAACUAGUUUAAUUUUUGUGAAAUUCCUCAGAAUUGGUGCUAACUUUGAACCAUGUAUAAAAUUACUUUUCUCUAUAUGUUAAUCCUUACUGCACACUGGAGAGCGUUAGAUUAAAAAUCUGCAGCUGUAUUUGUGAAUGCUAAAUGGGCUGUAACAUAAUAGAAGAAUGGAACUUUGUUUUUGUAUAUAGGCAUGUUUUUAUUCUGAAUGAAUAGGUGCCUAAUUCAACACCAAGAAUGAAGAGCCAUCUGCUAACAUGGACACUGAUUUUUUUUUAAAUGGCAAGAAAGCAAUAAAAUUUAAUGGAGCCACCUUGCGGUUUCAGUAAGCCUUAAAAUUAUCAGGGUCACUCCUUCACUUUAAUAUUGGUUGUUUUGAUUUACACAUCAAGAUCUGGUACAAAUCAUCCAACUUAAAACAGCAACUAUAUAAAUCAGUACAAAUGGACAUUAAAUCUACACAACAGUUUAAAUGUCAGUUUGAAGAGAAUUUCCUGAUGCUGAAUUUGUAUUGUAGAUCUAAUUGGAACCCCCUCUGAUUCCAGGAGAAAAUGGCAGGAAAUUGCCUGCAAGCUAUUUUCGGGUAUGUGUUACCAGCAUGUGUCAAAAGGAUUUUGAAAGAGUGCCCGUGGGGUCUAUUAGGCUUUAAAAUGUUUAGAAUGACUAUUUUAAAAUAAUUUGAACGUUUGGAGAAUGUGGAAACUAUUGCAUCUCUCUAUCUAAUUAUUUAAAAUGCAAGUUUCAGUUGAAAGGAUUUUUGCGCAUAUUUCAAAGUGCAGGAGCAGAAUGUUUUCCAGUGCAGAAGAAUGAAAGUUUCAAGGUUUUCUGGCUGGAACCCAGAAUUGCAAUUAUUGGCACGAGGCUAAACUUUUUUUUAAAUGUACCAUUUUAUGUAAUGUAAUUAAAAAAUCUCACUUCCAGUACCCAAUCUUUUAAAUGAGUUUUACCAAGAGGUGUUGAUUGCCUUUGGUUUUCUGUUGAAGGGAGAAAGAUGUUCUAACUACAUCAUAGUCAUAGUAGAAAGAGGUGCAUUUUUAUAUUUGUAUAAGGACUUUCUGGAAAAAUUAGAUACAACAUUUGAAAGCAUUUUAAAUGCUCUUGAAAUAUUGAUUUUUUUUAAGAUACUUAGUCCACACUUAAUACUCAAGGGCUGUUUAUAUGGUAUUGAUGUACUGACAAAUUGAGAAUUAAACUGUUUUUCUUCUGUUCGCAAUUAAAACAUUAUUUGUUAUUGUGCUGGUUUUCCCACAAAAUGAAUUUUUAAUUGUUUUUUAAACAUGAUAGCAAGACUAAUUUUUCUGACCUCCAGAGCUAUCAUACAACUGCUUAGCAUCAAUAUGUGAUGCUGUUUUCACACCUUUCCUAAUAGCCAGAUAUUGUCACCUGUGUGCCUUGAUGAUUUUUUGUCUUAGUCAUUGUUUAUUCCAGAUGUGAUUACUGAAUGCACAGGAAAUCACAGUAACUUUGAAAGCUACCUAACAUGAAACUUAUAAUGUAGCUUAAAUAUUACUGUUAUUGCAUAUGAAGUGGGAAAUUCUUCAGUUUUGCAGCAUACUAACAUAGGAUUUGCAGUAGACCAUUUUGUCUCUUGAGCCUGUUCCACCAUGUAAUUGUAAUUCCACUGUAAUUAUUGGAUUAUGCUCCAUAUCCCUUGGUAUCUGUGUAACAAAAUUUGAUCAAUGUUGAUCUUGAAAAUGAUUCACAGCCAUUUGCAAGAGAACAUUUCAACUUCUGCUAGCCUUUGUUUAAAGAUACUCCAUGAUUUUAUCACAAAAUUACCUCACUCUAAUUUUAGGAUUAUACCUGUUCCACGUAUCAUUGCUUUUCUCGAUUCCCAACCAGAGCAAAUAGUUUCCUUGUAACUAUUCGAAUAAAUUUAACAUUUUUGAGACCUCUGUUAGGAAACACUUCAACCCCAUGAACCCAAGGAAUACUGUACAAGUUUGUUCACUUUGUCAACAUAAGUUAACUCUUUAAACCCUGUCGUAAUGUUGGUAAAUUUUUGUUCUAUCCCAUUCAAAGUCAAGCUAUAGAAUAAAUGAUGGGAAAAAAGCAAGGGCAGGGACAUGGGGAUCCUGCCAUCCAUAUUCUAGGAUUAGUAGGAAGCACAGCAACACAUUCUCCUCUUGGUUGGAACAAUUAAGCCUGUACUAAGAAAAGAUAGUUUUUGAAGUAAUUACUUCAAAACUUCUUACAUGGUUACAACUCUGAUAAUCUUUUGGAUUUUGUUGUGCUUUUGCUAUGAAAUUGACUAAAUGACUGAAUUAUGGACUCCAUUGGUUCAUUUAUGAUGAGUUCAGCCUUCCAGUUUGGAAAAUUAUUUCAUGAACCAUAAAAUGUUGUGUUUGAAUGGAAAUCAAAUGAUUUUUAUCACAGGAAUACUACUGAAAAUAUUUGCAAAAUGCACAUUUCCCUGUAUAAUGUCACAAAGUGUCUUGCUAUAAACCUCUAUUUUCCACACCCCACUAUCAGAGCAGUUUUACUCUACUUACUUAUUCCUUUCAAACUCCUUGUCAGUCUUUACACAGUGAUGUGAAACCUUACAAUCCAGUUUGUAAGUGACAAACUUGCAAGUUGUACCAGAAUGUUGCACCAGUGUUAUUUACGAUAAAUUGCAGCACUUAGCUAUAUAAAUUUGCUGUCAAUGUUGUAAGAAUUGAGCCACAUCUUUAUAGGGGCCUGAACAACUUGACUGUGGUGAGAAAUGUGGCAGAAUUAUACAAAUAGUCUAGUGAGGCCCAUUUUGACAUAGUUGAAAAAUGGAGCAAGUUGCUUCCAAAGUUCUAAGUGUCAAGACAAUAUUCUUACUCGACUGCAGAGUUGCUUAUUAAGGAGAAUUAUUACUUGUUCACAACCUUUAUUAGCAGCUGAUCUCAACUCAUUAAUACAUAACUUCCUACCCUGCCAUGCUGUUGGCAAACUAGAUACCAAGAACUUUCGAUAUGGAACUCAGUCAGGUCAAGGAAGAUAGCAGGCAAUUCACUACCUGUCUUGACCCAUUCUACUAGAAGUUGUUUUCCUCCUGGAAUGAGAGAGAGAAAGGUAUUCAGGGAGAUGAAAGUGGUUGGCACAGUUGUUAAUUCUAAUGCAGGUGAGAUGUUGUCCUGAGUGAUUGACUAAGAACCACAAGACUUCCAGGAUUAGGGCCGUUGGGUGUUCAGGUGGGUGAGAACAAUUAAGGGAAGAUGGUGCAGGCAAUAGAGUGGUAUUGCCUGCGCAUUAUUGAGAGAUGGUUACAGUAGCAGUGAGCAUGAGGUAUCUGAAAGAAGAUGGUGGCACUUAGCUGGCAGAUGGAAAAGGUCAUUGACCUACUUUCUGUAGUGCUGAGCAUUCCUCCAGAUGGCUGAGAUUGCAGUGAUUUGGAUGUCCACUUUGACUUCCAAAUCUGUGCCUGGAAAGCAGGGCACCUAUUUUCUCUUGUCUACCAUGUUGAGGACUAAUAUCAGGAACCGUGCAGGGAGCUUCAGUGUAACAGUGCCUGCCUGGUCCACAACAUCCUUUUAAAGAUGGCAUUGGUGCCAGGGAUGUUAAUCAAUUCUAGCAUAUCCCAGUAGUGGUAAAAUGGGGCUAUAAUUGGGAGAGAGGAUCGCCAUAGGCAAAUUCAGUAAUAUACACAAGAAAACACACAUGCUAGGCCGGGUAACAAGAAACCCUCUGUGAAACUCGACAGAACUGGCACUUUGCCAAAAAAAAGUGAAGUCCAGCUCAUCAUCAUCUGUGUAAUUUCUUAAUUACUCCCAUCAACUGUAGGUUGAUGAAGACAAGGAAGGCAAUGCUGAUAGUAAAGAAAACACAAAUAGUGCAAAUAUUAAAAUGUUAUGAAUGUUCAAAACUAUACCAUAUCUCUAAGGCAGCUAUGCUUUUGAAAUUAAUUGUUUGUAAACCUGAAACCGUUCAUACCCUCAUUAUAGUAUAUUCAGUAACUCCUGCUUCCCAAAAUGACAUUAUCAUAUGGUGUCCAUUUUACUUUCUACCAGACUUAGUUAUGCUAGUGUUGGGGUGGGAGAAAUACCUUUUUGCUUAAGUUUGCUUUAUGAUUCACUGCAGUAGCCAACUUGGAAUAUUAGAAAGUCUGCUUUACCUGUUAUGUGCUUAUGCACUUUAUAUAUAGAACCUUACUUCAAAAACUGUUUGAAAAUCAUGGAAUCAGAGAUGCUUAAAUUUAUAAUAAACGUUGUAGCUCACCACCUCUCUAAUUCUGUUCCUAUUGUCCACUAAGAUAAUCAGCAUCUAAUUAUAUUACCUUGGAUAUCUUCUCAUAACUCUGCACUUCCCGCCAAUUCAAAUCUGUCCUCAACUCAACUGUUUCUGCCCCUGCUAUUUACUGUGUCAAAACACCAUUAAUAGUAUGUAAAAUACUGUAUGCUUUAUUAACUGCUCUGUUCUGCUACAUUUAAUAACUUCUGCAUAUGUACACCCAGGUCCCUCUGCUCCUAUAUUGUCUUUAGUGUAAUACCCUUUAUUUUACAGUCUCCGGUUCUUCUCUACUUAAAUUCUCUAUUUAAACCUCAUCUGCCUGUAUCUCCCCGCUCCACCAACUUAUCAAUGUCCUUUUGAAGUUAUACACUGAACUUCUCACAUCUAAGUUUUUUGUUGUCAACAAACUUUGUAUUGUCCCCUACACUUGAUCUAGAUCAUUAGUUUCCGUAGAGAUACAUGUCUGUAACAUCUCCUUGCUUAUUCUGAAUGUUUCCUCUAGUUUGCCUUCAUUAUGCAUAGCCUGUUUGUUGUAUUCCGGUGCUUUUAAGAACGUAACAUCUGUGUUUAUUCUAAUGCAACCACGUUUGACUCCCCUGUGGCCCUCAAGCAACUGAAAGGGAACAUUGGCAACCGCUCAACACUUCCUGCCCAACCAGUAGAAAUGGUCUGUCUUUUUGUUUACUCAAUCAGAGUCUCUAUCAAAACAUCUCCUAGCUUGUUCCACUGCAAACAGUUUCAGAAAUUCAAGUUCUUUCCCAUAAAUACUCCUUUCGACCAGAGACUGCCUGUAGGCAUUGAGUGAGGUACAGUUUUGAGUGUUUCACUUAAAUCAUUCCAUGUCAAUUACUGACAUACGUUUUGCAGUGCAUUGUCACUUUUGGAAUCAUUUGUUAGAAAUAAUAUGCAGAUUGUUUUGAUUUGUUUUCGACAACCAUUCAAAAUAACAAAAUAAAGCUUCUAUCUCAAGGUGCAUGUGAUUCUUGUUAAAAUGAUAUAAUUCAUUUUGUCUGCUGAAAUUACCCAUUCAAACAGAAUUGGCACUUGUAAUAGGAAUAAAAUGUAGCAGAAACCUAAAGGAAACUUUCAGGCAGCAUUGUUGAAGAAUUCAAAUACAUUCCUCUUUCCCAACCCUUCAUUUGCAAAUGCACCAUGCCAAAUGUCCACUUAAGUCUCAUUUUUACAAGCUGUACUUUUCCCCAUUCCUUUGAAGGGCUGUUUAAAUGAAGCCUGAUAUGGACUAUCCACACUGCUGCUUAUAUAACUAGCAUUAAUAAAACUAUGUAUUAAGUAAUAGUCAACUUUAGAUAAUGAAGUUUAGUUCUAUAAUAGUUAUAUUAAACUAAGCUGUUAUUGAUGCUAAAUUAUAAAAAAAAGUCUGUUUUUCUCAUUUAUUUAAAUUUUCACAAAUCUUAUGCUGAAGUUACACUUCCAUUUUGUACUGUUCUAACCAGUAGACCUCCUGGAUUUUAAAUAAGUAAAGUUUCAUGAAGAAAGCUUGAGACUGCAGAAAAUAAUUUUUAAGUAUUUUCCUUCUAUACACAGUCCAUGAAAAACUGUAAUUGUCCAAUUUAAUGAAUGUUUUCUUAUGUAAAUCAUGAUUACAUUAACUAGGCUUUGCAAUACAAAAAGUUGACAAAUUAGAUGGAAGUCUGCACUUUUUAAAUUAAAACAAAUUUAUAUGAUGUAUUAUUCUAGCACCAAAUUUAAGUUGUCUUGUCAUUCAUGUUAUACUUUAAGUAUUUAUGUACUUAAAUGAUUUUUAUACACAUGAUUACUGAAAUAGACAUCAGACAUAAGAAUGUAGUUUGCAUGAACAAAGUAGUGGAAAUGUGAUGUGCUUUCUCAGUUUUCAUUGAUUAUAACUACAAUCAGUAAGUAUUGAACACACGCACAUUCCAGUGACACUCCAACUGCUAUGGUUGCAGUGAAGUUACUGCAAAAUUGUUUGAUGCUUGGUAAGAUUAUUUGAUUUUAUUCUCUAUGGAUGUUGAAGUUGGCUGAACAUGAAUUAUGUUUAAAUUAACAUUGUUUAGUAGCCUGGGCUUGCUUAUUGUAUUCUAUUUGGACUUUUGCAGCAGGAACAACAUUAUGCUUAGUUCUUCAAAGCAAGCUAUCCAUUUUAAACCAAUGAUGUGAGUUAUGAUCUAUCAUAUAAUUCUACUGUAAAUCUUUCAAUUGAAACUGUUGUGACAUUUUUCAGUUGUACCUGUUUAAUUUUUUCUUCAAACAGAGCAUUGGUAUUCCUACUGAACUUCAGAAUGGUCUGUUUUUAAUGCGUCAAUCAAUGCUAUACAGUCUACCACAUCUACAGUCAUAUUUCAGCCUGUCAAAUUGAAUUUCAAAAGUCAGAUUACUUGCAGCAUGUAUUGUAUUGUUUUAGUGAACUGUCAUUCCCAUGGUUCUAGUGAAGAAAAUAUGAAGAACUAUAUAUCACUUGUAGGAUUAUUUAAAUGAUGGCAAAUAUGUAGAAUUUGGAAAAAAAGUUGCAAUUUUGUAGUGUACUGUUGUGUAGCAAUAUACCUUUGACACGAUGUACUUUGUUUAGAAAGGAAAUAGAUUGCUGUCAGUGUUGGAAAAGAAAAUGAUUUAAAUUUGGAAAUAGUAAAUCUUACUGUCAGUUUUAUUAAUUUUUAGCUGUAAUGACCAAGCUAUUUUAUGGCUCUUUCAUUGUGUUUGUGUGUGCUAUAUAUAUGCAUAAAUAUAAAAUUUGUGAUAAUUUAUGCCAAAAAGCAUAAACAACACUAAAACUGUUCUGGAGUGCAUGUUUGUUUACAAAUUAAAUCUCUGUGUAAUUCCUUCAUAACCUCAGAACACUUCUAAGGGAAACAUGCAUUAUUGUUGCACUUAAAAUAAAAGAAUAGAACUAA